UAUAAUUCAUAUAGAUAUAGCUAUUUUAUUUUAUUUUGUUGUGUGGCUAAAAUUGGUGUACAAAAGUAGUUUUAAUUAGUAAGAAGAAUAAUCUACUUUUCCAGUUAUGGAAGGUUUUAUUGAAGUGAAUGAAAUAUCUGAUUUCGUUUCAUAUAUCCGCAGUAUUGAAUGGCGUGAUCCGUGGCUGAUAGCUUUACUAUCAUUUCACAUUCUGGUAACAUUUAUGUGCUUCUCUACAAGAAAUUAUGGGAACUUUCAAGUUAUGCUGUUUAUAACAUUAUUACUUCUCGUGUAUUUCUCGGAGAGUAUAAACGAGGUGGCAGCAAGGAAUUGGGCCCUGUUCUCCAGACAACAGUAUUUUGACAGCAAAGGACUGUUCAUAUCAGUGGUGUUCUCCAUCCCGAUAUUGCUGAAUUGCAUGAUUAUGGUGGGCUCAUGGCUGUACCAAUCCACGCAGAUAAUGACCAACAUCAAGAAGGCACAGUUACGGCAGCGGCUGAAAGAGCUCAACAUCAACAGAGAGCAACAGAAACACAUUAAGUCAGACUAAAUGAUAACAUACAGGUACCGGUAGGACACUAAAUAGCAGAUAUUUUAUCAAGCAAAAACUACAGAGAGGAUAUCCUGGUCACGGCACCACAUUUGUUGUUAGAAUAUUGAAAAAAAAACUUAAAAAACAACUCUGGAAAUGAUUACAGUAUUUAGUUUUUGCAGUAGAUAGAAUAUCGGCAUUUUUGCAGUGAUCGUAAGAAAACAAAGUAUGAUAUCUUUAGUAAUCUUGAUCGAGUAUCUACUACAAACAGUCGCAGCACGUUACCUUUAAAAAUCGGCCUAAAGCCCCGAAUACUUUUGAUUUUGAUGUUGUAUAAGAUUGAAUAUAAUAUUCGAUCAGGUUACCAAUGAUAUCAUUUGGCGUAAAAGAGUAUAAAUGUUUUUGCCAUUAUCACUAAUUAAAUUUGGUGUAAGAAAUGUGAUCAAUUUUGGAUAAGAAAUGUUAUUAUUAUAAAUAUUGGCGCAGGCAUUCUGUUUAAAUCAGUUUUUUCAGAGCAUUUUUUACUUAACAAUGUAUUGACAUUUCGCAUUUCGACUCUACAUAUUAAUAUACACGACUUGCAUAAAUAAGUACGUGCUCUAUCCAGCUUUUGCUAUAAAUUAUUUUCAUCUUUUUAUUAACUGUCUACCUACUUCACGGAAUAUAGACAAAUUAAUAUCUACGGCCCGGUUUGACCUAAAAUUUAUUUAUGAUCAUAUAUCUACUAUAUACUCGUAAUUAACUUUCAUCACAUUUAGUUUUUACUAUACAUAGAUUAACAAUCAAUUCAGUGGCACCAUUCAACUAAAAAAAAGGAUUUAGUACACGUACCAUGCCAUAAGCUGUCAUUUCAAAUGUUUGAUUGUAGAUAAAAACCACAAAAUUGACAAGAUGGGUAUCGCCUAAAGAGAAUCAUCAUAUAGAUUAUUAUCUUUUCAUAUAGAUUUUCGUACAUUGACCCGCCUGUUGACAUCUCUAUUGCACUCGCACAAUUAUAUCCCGCCCAUGAUGCCGGUCAAGCUCACACAGUGACAUUGACAGUUUUAUAUGGAACGCGUCUCUUCUUUAGUAUUCAGUAUACAUGAAAAGAUAAUGAACGAUACGAAAAUAAAGUGAAUCUGACGUGAUGACUGAAGGCGGGAUUCCACUAGUGUGCGGCACUGUGCGGCACAAGCAUUUUUGUACUGAAUUUGCUCGUGCAGCACACUGGUGGAAUCCCGCCUUUACAUGAUGUACGUGCACCAAAUAUCUAAUUAAUGAAUCGACUAAGACUGUCCGUGUCCACUUACUUAAAGAAUUUCUGUUUUAUAAUAAGUAUAAGAUUUUCUGUUUGUUUUUAAGACAGAGAUGUAAAAUUACUUCGUUAGCUGCACUUAUUUCUAGCUUUAUUUAUAAGGUUUUAAUAAGAGAGUGAAUAAUAUUAGCCCAGCAUUAAAUUUUCAUGAUGUGUUGUUGGGAGCACUUGUAAUCCUAGUAUUCCUACUGCAUUUUUUCCUACGUGUUUCUUGCAUUUUCUUGUACUUAAGAUAUAAAACUGUAUUUUUAUUUUCCUUAAGUCAUGACGUUGUUGCCAGUUGUCAGUAGACAAACAGUAACGUAACAGUAGUUAGGGCGUUCUUAUAUAAAAAUACAAAUUAAAAUAUCUGGAUGUUAAAUCGCUUUGUUAUAUUUUUUGUGCGCUCCCAUGCUUGCUCUGCAUCGGCAAGUUACAUACAAUCAUAGCAUAAAGUUAAACCAAUCAUAAAAUGUAGGUACGCUGCUACUAGUACUCUCUUCAAUAGGGUAUUAUCUGGACCUGAACCUGGGUCGGGCGGAUUUUCUCUGUAUUUAGGAUUCGGGUUGAAAAUACUUGUGGAUGCUCAUGCAUUUUAUGAGUGUUUUACUCUACCGCAUUAAUGUAAGUUUGCCGUUGUUUUAGCACGCAUGUAAACGAAUAUGAAACCUAAACUGUUGCCAUGUAUUUGUAGGUUUUGUAUGGAAAUAUACGAUUAGAAAAGGUAAAAUAAAUUUAAUUUUUAGUACAUAAAGUCGCUAGAAUAGUUUUUUUUAAUUUGUUAUUGUGAAUGUUUUUUACAGAAUUAUUAUUUAAGACUCUAUGUCCAAAUUGUUAUAUUACUAACUGUUGUGUUGUAUAUAUAUUUUUUUGACAAUUUUAGGUUUAAGUAAAUCGAUGCAGUUGUCUUUAUUUUAAAACCAAAAUAAAAGAGGACUAGACUCAAUAUGAAAUGUAAUUUUGACAUUAUGAGAAAUGCUUUAUUUUGAUACAUGAAAAACAUAAUAAAAUUAAUAAACGUUCACAAUGUCACUGUGUGACAAGGUAGCUUGGCUCACUUACUGUGAACUGUAACUUCCUAUGUAUAGGUACCCUUUCUUUCGCAAAUAAAUUACUUAUGAUUUAUGACUUAUGAAUGGCUGUUUAUUUAUAUACUUAAGUUUGUGAUAAAUUAUCUAGUGAAACUUGCGAAAGAUUGAAGUAUAUCGAAUCGAUAUAACAUUUCGGAAAUAUUCCUUGGAAAAAAUAAGAUGUGUUUUUUAUCUAAUAAAACAUAAUCAAUUAUUUAUUUAAUAUAAUGGUGCCUCCGUCAUUGGACGAUGGCUGAAAGAAUGAUGAUUGAAAGAUCAUGGGUUUUGCCAUUAUGAAGAUAGAUUUCUUUUAUAUUGAAAUGCAGUAAUUUUUACAAUCAUCACUGGCGGAUAUGUUAUUUGAAUGUGGACAAUAUAACAAUUUGUGCCUAUAUGUAUAUAAUAGACGAUAACUGGUUUUUUUUUUUUUUCAAUGUUAUCUAUUUUGUCCAUUCUUAUUAUGGUAUUAUUAUUUAAAAAUAAGAAUUUAUGUAUUCUAUUUCAUUACUGUCAAUUGGAUCUCGUUUUAAUUGUUUAUUUUGCUUGGAACAAGUAUUUUGGAAGGUCAGAUAAAGUAUCUAAAAUAGUGAUAUCAAAAUUAUAAGAUAACUCUACCUUCGCUUUGAUUUCAAGACUAAUCAAUUUUAUACACGUCUAAUAAAUAUAGACUCAAACAUUCAAUUAUUGAUUACGUCCAUACGAUAUUUAGAUAAUAGCAUGUGCUGUACGUAUUUAGUCCAUAUAAAAAAUAUAAAUAUGUAGGUAUAUAUUCGCGUCAUAGAACUAACCUUUAAUAAGAUCAUUCAUUCAUAGAGUUUAUAUUUCUUUGAAAGUUUGAAAAUAGUUUAAUUGGCCCAUUACAUCCACACUCAUCUACAGCUUAGGCAGUAACUCAAUUUCGGCGUUUGUAAAUCCAAGCUGAUGCGUUCUGUAUUAUGUAUGGAUAAAGUAUUACAAUUUGGUGUGUAAAUAAAAUACGAAGUUUAACUAGGACUCAAUGACUCAACUUCCUUUGUAAAUUAUCUACUUUCUUUCUGCUAUGUCGAUUAUCAGAGCCUUGUGUAAAUGAUUUCAUUUCUAAUAGUAUUUAGCAGUUAUGAGUAAAUAUCAAGACUGAGAUGUGUGUGAUUCAUAACAUAAUUGUUACAGGCUUUAUUAUAUCAUCUACAGGCAUUUGACACGAUCAUUAUAUAAUCAUGAUCAUUAUUAUAUAAUGAUGACUUAAAGUGGUAUUCAGAAUUAAAAAGAAAAACUACAAGUACAUAAAUAAAACAGAUAUUUUUCGUAAAAAUACAAUAGGCUAGAUGACAAUUUUUUAUUAAUUGUAUCAAUCGAUCAGGUUUAUUUUUAGGAUCAAAUAUCUAUGGGACCCAUUGCAUUAAAGCAAUACAAAAGUCAGAAAUGAUAGUCAAAGCCCGACAGUCGUACUUCACUCGCGAAACGCUUCUAACAAAACGAUAAGUGAACGUGACGUCAUCAUUUUGAAUGUAUGGACAAAAUAAGAAAAUUGCGUUUUUGUCGAUGAAAUAUUGCGUUUAUGUAUAUACUUGCUGUACAAUAUUUUUUUGGAUAAAAUGUAAGGAAUCGAAUGGUACCCUUAACUUUUUUCCUUUUUUUGAAGUUGAAAAAUUACUUAAAUUUUGAAACUUUCAAGUCCUGUAUUUUUGUAUUAUUUCCAUAUAUUAUUUUAAUAUCUACAUUAUUGUGAUAAAUUGCUCAUUUGCUAUCUAUGUUACUAGAUUUUGAUAUAAAAUUCAACAUGUGUCAUCAUCAUCCCUAUUGGUUUACCCAUGACAAUAAAAGUCACUUUGACUCUUAAAGUGCUAAAUAGACUUGAGCAUUCAUUCGAGCAGAACAUCGAGCAUUCGCAGUUUCGCCGAAUUGUUCGACGAACGCUAGUAAAUUCUUCUGUUUGCGAAAAUGCUCAUCACAACACAAGUGAAUGCUUAAGUCAAGUCUAUCAGCACCUUCAAAAGUAUUUUGUUGCCGUAAAUUUACUGUAGCUAAUUAUAAAUAUCACUGUAGAGGCAAUUUAAUUGGUCCAAAGACCUCCCCGCACCUAAGCGUUAUCCUACUUUCUCUCUAAAGUAGUGUCACAAUACAGAAAUGAAUGAUUUACAACGACGAUGUAUAUAUAUGUCUUUUUUUUAAUUACAAAUCGCUACAUGUUUAAACUAGACUAGAGGUAAUUGAAAGAAUGAUUAUUAUUGAUUUUAAUUUGUAGAAAUCUGUUUGCCAAGCUUACAUGUGGUAGGUGUACCUACACAUUUCACAUGAUUGUUGUCGAUGGUAUAUGUUUUGCCACGCUUUUAGUUAGACCGCGAGCCAGGCGCAAAUUUUGUCAGUCAUCGCCUCCCGGGCGAAAACUCGUAUUGCGGUUAAAGGCUAUGUAUGAUGAACCCUCGUGAACGUCAGCUGCCGCUCUGUUGGUGGGUUGAGGAAUGGCAGCCACCGAAACGCGUAACACGGUUUUUCCACCGCGAUACAACCGGCUGACGAUUUGUUUUAUUAACAAUAGCAUCUAAACUAUCAUCUGACAAAGUAUCAAACGGGAGGCUAUGACGCCGAUGACUGAAAAUAUUUUUUUUUUUACAUGUUCAUGUGACCAGCUGACGGUCUUUCCACAGCGAUACAAUCGGCUGACGAUUUUGUUUGUUCACAAUAGCAUCUAAACUAUCAUCUGACAAAGUAUCAAGCGGCGGGAGGCGAUGACUAAACUUUUUUAUAGACUUUAUUUGCUGCCAUUCCUCAACCUACCAACGGAGCGGCAGCUGACGUUCACGAUGGUUCAUCAUACAUAGCCGUUAAACACUCUACGAGUUUUCGCCCGGGAGGCGAUUGGUCAUGGAAAUAUUUUCCUGGCCCGCGGUCUAUAUCACGCAUUUUCCACAUCUUAGACAGUAUGAGACUGAGAUCUCGCCAAUGUUGUCGUGCCAUGCCAAUGCAUCUAUUUACCUAUAAUGAACUUGGGUUCCCCCUUGGAAGAUAUAACCAAACGGAGACGCCAUAAUUUUCUGUAUAAAACAGUGCCGAUUUUUGCGGGGGAGGGGCACGUCAAAUGUAUACGUAACGUAAAAAUAGCCGUGUUAGAUAAACGUCAUCAGUCCAUACAUUGUGUAUGACCAUUAGCCGCCUAUUUUCGACAGAAGGGAACGCCUGUUAUGGACCGCGACUACGCGAGCCAGGCGCAAAUUUCGUCAGUCAUCGCCUACCGGGCGAAAACUCGUAUAGCGGUUAACGGCUAUGUAUGAUGAACCCUCGUGAACGUCAGCUGCCGCUCCGUUGAUGGGUUGAGGAAUGGCAGCCACCGAAACGCGUAACACGGUCUUUCCAGCGCGAUACAACCGGCUGACGAUUUGUUUUAUUAACAAUAGCAUCUAAACUACCAUCUGACAAAGUAUCAAACGGGAGGCGAUGACGCCGAUCACUGAAAAGAAUUUUCUUUUUUACAUGUUCAUGUAACCAGCUGACGGUCUUUCCACAGCGAUACAAUCGGCUGACGAUUUUGUUUAUUCACAAUAACAUCUAAACUAUCAUCUGACAAAGUAUCAAGCGGGAGACGAUGACUAAUUUUUUUAUAGACUUUAUUUGCUGCCAUUCCACCAACGGAGCGGCAGCUGACGUUCACUAGGGUUUAUCAUACAUAGCUGUUAACCAAUAUACGAGUUUUCGCCCGGGAGGCGAAUGGCCAGCGGUCUAUUAAUGGCUACUCCGUUUGAUUUUAUCCUCUAAGGGGGCGCCCAAGGAUGUAGGUAUUGUAGGUGAUAUUUUGGUGAUGAGCGCCCAGGAAAUGCCCUUUAACAGUUUUGAAUGAUUCACGGUUAGUUUCACUAGACUUAUAUGAACCGUGAUUAUCUUUUGUAUUGUUUUCGAGCUCCCGAUAUUUCGACGCAGUUACAUGCAUCUUGUUCACGGGUAACUGAAGUCGAUAUAAGUGAUUCAUCGUAUUGCUAAGAGUCGGCAAUGAUAGGUAUCAAACACAUUUUUGUUUGGCAGGCAGAUUGGAGUCAUUUAUUUUUUAUUUAAGUAUACAUAUUUCAUUCACCAGAUAAUGCUUUAACCAGCUUAUUAAUAAAAUAUUAGUUUCAAAAUCCACUAUGCUUAAGGUAAAGGAUUUUUACUUAAUUUGUUUUAUGUAUGCUUUUCAAUAAAGUCAUGGAUUACA